CCCUUCUUCCACUAGAAACUAUGCAGGUGCUUUGUUUUCGCCUCCGCGCCAUUUUCAAGUGCUUUGCUAGGGCUUGAUUUCUUUUUUAUGAUCAGAGUGGCGACGGAGGGGUAGGCCGUACUCCUGCAUCAGCUGUCUCAUCAUCUCAUCAUAUGCAUAUUCAGAAUGGUAUCACCAGUGCUCAAUGUAAUCUACUUUGACAGAAUCCUAAAUCCACGUCUAUGUAGCCUCAAAGACUCAGAUAUGGAGGAAGGAUGGAUGUGAGAUUUCCCCAGGAAUCUCAGGUGAGUGAGGGGCUUUAGAGCAUGUGAGAGAAGCUCAGGUGAUGGAGGAGGUCUUCUUCGAGCGCAGUGCGUUGCCCAACCAAGGGCAAGCGUUCCAGAAUUUUCUGAGGUCGUAUCCAUUGUAUCUAGAUACGUUGGUGGUGGACCACAUUCGCGAGCAAGAGUACCCGCACUUGAAUGAGCGGUCGCAAGUAUGCCUGGACUACAUGGGGGUGGGUCUAUUUUCCUACUCCCAGCAAGCUUCCAACUCUCCAUCGGCUGCCUUAGGGUUGGCCUACAUCUCCGCCAAUCUGACCACGCACGCCCUCUACACCGCUGAGGAAACGGAGAUAAUGGUCAGAAGAAGGGUGCUGCGCUACAUGAACAUCGAUGAGAACGAGUAUGCUAUUGUCUUUACUGCCAACAAAUUGUCAGCUUUCAAGCUUUUGGGAGAAUCUUACCCCUUUCACGUCUCCUCUAAGUUGCUAUUGGGCUACGAUCAUUGCUGCGAGAGCCAGGAUGCGCUCAUCGAGUGCGCUAAAUCGAAAGGAGCGACCGUGAUGAACGCCAAUUUGACAUGGCCCAGCCUGAAGUUGGACAAGGCGGACGUGAAGAAGAAGCUUCAUCUCAAAAGGAAGGCAGUGAAAUCCAAAGGAUGGGGAUUCCAUACUGGACACGGAGGCACGGAAGGAGGGGAUUUCUCUCCAAAUCAGCCGAUGCCCAUGGAUACGCAAGGAAUGAUGGCAUACCCCGUCAUAUCGUGCGGCUCGGGUGCCAAAAACUCGCUCCAAUGGAUUCGGGAAGCGGGUCAAAAUGGGUGGCACGUGCUUUUGGACGUAUCAGGUCUCGGGGCGAAGGCGAUGGAUACUCUGGGAUUGAAUCUGUUCCACCCUGACUUCAUCGUGGGAUCGUUUUACAAAGUUUUUGGGUCUGAUCCUACGGGCUUCGGUUGCUUGGUAAUCAAGAUAUCCGUGAUACGAAGCUUAGGGGAUUCAUCACGGGCCCGUGCUAUUGGCAUGGUUCGAAUUGUUUCAACAGCAGGGAGUUCCGAAACGGGUAGCUGGGACCCUUUGCGCUCUUCCUCAUCAUCUGGUUCAUCCAUAGAAUCCCAUCAGCAGCAGCAGCAUCUUUCUGCUCGAACAACGUUGCUUCCUCGCGAAAAGGAUGUUUUGAAUGCGCGAUUCGAAGAACGGUUCAUUACGGGUGGCUCACAGCUAAACCAACCUCACAAGAAAAUAAAUGCGAUGUCCCCGGUCGGGAUACCAAAGCCAGAUCCAGCUCUGAGAAUUGAAGGUGUCCAGGAGAUAGUACCUCUUAAAGGCAAGAGACGAGAAGAAGACGUAGAGAUAUCAAAACAGUGGUGGGUACGAUCUCAGUCAUCGCCGUCUUCCAUCAACCACCACUCCAAGGACUCACUAGAUCACAACCAGAGGGCUUCCUCGAGUUCACUUGACAAUUGCCAUCAACCAUCGCUACGCAAAGAGGAAGAGAUUCUACCUGUGACGUUGAAAUUCUCAAGAUCCCACAGGAGGCGCCACUCCGAUGCAACGCAAGGGCAUAACGGUGGCCAGGAGAAGGGCACACAACAGGAUGCAACCCCGAGGUUGGAAAGAGCAAAGGAGGGCAUGCCAGGAUUGCGGUAUCUACAGAUUCCGAAACAAGGGUGGGAUCACAAGGGAAUGAGUGUGGACGAAGAGAGCUUUCUGUCGCGAGAUUUUGGGAAGAAAUCUCCGCUUAUGCUCACUUUGCCUAAGGGCUUUGACAGUCCUUCCAACAGAACACCGCCUUUCAGCAAACAUGAGAUGCACCAAGAGUUUCUCAUGGGCUCCCUUCCGGAGACACCGUCCUCUGUCUCGGCGCCGUGCUCUCCUUCUUACCCUCGCCCGCGUGACGUCUGCGAAAACAACCCGAUAACACCGGAAUCGCAGGGCCACAACCCCUCAAGAAUGAUCGUGUGUGGGGGCUUGGAUGUUGCUGACAAAAUUGGUCUUACACGCAUUAAUUUCCGUCUGCGAGCGCUGGUUAACUGGCUCAUAUGUUCUCUCAGGAAGUUGAGGCACUCUACCCCUGGUCAUCCGCAUGUUGUCGUAAUCUAUGGGCCGUUGUGCCAGAGCGAUCGGAGUUCAACAUUUACAUUCAAUAUUGCAGGAUCUGAUGGGCACUUGUUAGAUCCAGCGCUGGUGCAACGACUUGCAGAUCGUAGCAGUAUCUCCCUUGGGACGUCCAUUCUGCAAGGUUCCUUCACUCUUGAAGUGGAUGAGACAUCGAGGGGAAUCUCCAAACCCAAGAAAAGCGAAAAAUCUCGAGACUACAAGGGUGGGUCGGGGAUGAGUAGCCCGAGAGGUAUCGAUCUUGCGAGGCAGAAAUGGAACUGCAAGGAAGACACGCUUCAUGCUGGUCAAUUCUCUGUGGUGUGUGCAUCGCUGUGCUUCUUGUCCAGCUUCACGGACGUUUACCGUUUAUUAGAAUUUGUGGCUCUGUUUCUGGACGCCGAUUUUGUUCACAAAGAACUCUUUCAUUACCAAGCUCUCAAUCAGCAAACCAUACUCAUGUGAUCAAUUUCAAAAAAGUUUCUACUGUCAAGGGUGGAAGUAGAUCCCCGUGCGACUCUGUGGUCACAAGCAACCAGCAAUGGUUGGCUUUCUCCAUGUCAACUUGAGCUGUUCAAACUACUGGAGGACCGUGGUUUUUAUGUUCUAGUUUGAGAAGAUCGUGUUGAUAUUUGAGGGCAGUUGGUACCUAUCAUUCUGUGAGCCUACCCUGCUGUGGUGCGGGUGAGUUGGCAGUCCUUACACUCAUCCAACGUUACUCUGAGUUGCUGUGGCGAAAUGUGUUCAUAAUCACUAACCUGUUGACAUGAUCAGGUGGUAAUGUACAGCUAAUGGUGAAGACAUUGUUAGAACCUCCAGACUAGUUGCCAGAGUGUGAAGUAGUUGAGGAUUAAUGUUAGAGAAUUUCAGACCAAUACAGCAGUUCUCUGGGAGUUAUAGCUAUUGAAGAGCUUUGACUAGCUUUGACGAUCAGGAAUGAAGAAGGGCCUGCAAUAUUGGAUUUGACAUAGUCCAAUAUACAUCAUUGGAGUACAUGAUCAUCCAGUGCAGAAAUAUAAUUUCACAGAUAUGUCAAUGCCAAAGCAAUGGUGAUCAGGAUAAGUGUCUUACAGUCCCAGCAUGAUGAUAGUACAUCUGGGCAUAUCAGAGGAGUGGUGGUGGGCAUAAUGCCAUGGUUGAUGCUGGGAUAUUGACAUAUGUGUUGUGAUGGAUGUGACUAGAAAUGUAGAGAGCCCUCAGUUAGAUUAAGUCUGCUGAUGAGAGUUGUAGUAACUCCACUGUUAGCCUGAUUCAAUACAAUCUUACAAGUUAGUAUCUGCUGGAGUCAUUGCACAUCAUCAGGUGCAUUGGUGCUCAAUGACUCCACAUGAUGAGCUUUAAUGACAUCUGCAUAAAUGAACUUCAUUGAGUCCAUCUCAUUGGUCUGGCAACAACUCAACUCUGCCACCAUUUCAGUUUGGCAAUUCUUAUUCAA